CCGAUCUCAGUUGCAGUUCAGAACGAAGGGACUUCGGGAACGCCUGUCCCGUGCUGUGUUGAAAUAAACGACGAGUAUACGGACGUUCGUUUUGUUGUACAUUUUCCCCUUUCAUUUUCAUCCGGUGAAAUCGUGAUUUUGUUGGACCAUCGGGUGGAUGUAGUAGGUGUAUCGAAUUCCCCGGAUUACCUGCAAUGUCAUCCAACAAUCAGAAAAUCUCCACCACGGAGCGUGUGAUUAAAAGUGUGCCGUUCCCGCCGAGUCGCAAGUUGUCGGUGGCCGAGGUGUUUGACACGAAGACGGGCAAACCGCGUCCGGAUGUCCUCAAGCAGCAUUUCAUUUUGGAGGGGCGGAUCGAGGAGGCGGCCGCACUCCGCAUCAUCAACGAGGGCGCCGCUCUACUCCGCCAGGAGAAGACCAUGAUCGACAUUGAAGCGCCCGUCACAGUUUGCGGCGACAUCCACGGACAGUUUUACGAUCUGAUGAAACUGUUUGAAGUGGGCGGAUCGCCGGCCAAUACCAAGUAUCUCUUCCUUGGCGAUUACGUCGACAGAGGAUACUUUAGCAUAGAGUGCGUCCUCUACUUGUGGGCGCUGAAAAUUUGCUACCCGACCACCCUGUACCUGUUGCGGGGCAACCACGAAUGCCGGCAUCUGACGGAAUACUUUACCUUCAAACAAGAAUGUAAAAUCAAGUAUUCGGAGCGCGUCUAUGACGCUUGCAUGGAGGCGUUCGACUGCCUUCCACUCGCCGCCCUGAUGAACCAGCAGUUCCUCUGCGUCCACGGCGGUCUCUCCCCCGAGAUCCAUUCGCUCGACGACGUGCGAAAGUUGGAUCGGUUCAAGGAGCCGCCAGCGUUCGGUCCGAUGUGCGACCUCCUCUGGUCUGACCCGCUAGAAGACUUCGGCAACGAGAAGAAUGCCGAACACUUUUCACACAACUCUGUCCGGGGUUGUUCCUACUUCUAUAGCUAUGCAGCCUGUUGUGAAUUUCUUCAACAGAACAAUCUCCUUUCAAUUAUCCGAGCGCACGAAGCUCAAGAUGCUGGAUACCGGAUGUAUCGGAAAAGUCAAACGACCGGUUUCCCCUCGUUGAUAACCAUAUUUAGCGCUCCUAAUUAUCUGGACGUGUAUAAUAACAAGGCGGCCGUUCUGAAAUACGAGAAUAAUGUGAUGAAUAUCCGGCAGUUUAACUGCUCGCCUCACCCUUACUGGCUACCCAACUUCAUGGACGUCUUUACCUGGUCUCUACCCUUUGUUGGAGAGAAAGUGACGGAAAUGCUGGUCAACGUCUUGAACAUUUGCUCCGACGAUGAACUCGUCUCCGAGGGCGAGGAGAGUAUCGAAGACGGCGGCAAAUUGGAACUUACCGGGGAAGCAGCUGCCGUCCGCAAAGAGGUUAUCCGAAACAAGAUUCGAGCCAUCGGCAAAAUGGCCCGUGUCUUCUCCGUCUUGAGGGAAGAGAGCGAGAGUGUGCUCCAACUCAAGGGGCUGACCCCCACCGGCUCCCUACCGCUCGGCGCCCUCUCCGGAGGCAAAGCGACGCUAAGGAACGCUUUGCAAGGAUUCUCUCCGACCCACAAAAUUACGUCGUUCGAAGAGGCCAAAGGCUUGGACGCCAUCAACGAGCGUAUGCCACCGCGCAACGACGCUCCUCCGCCGCUUCACGCGUCGUCCAACUCGUCGGGCGUGUCGCCUGUAUCGUCGAAUCCGAUUGCAGCGGCGGCCGCCGCCGUAGUGGCCGAAGCGGCCAGUGCCAACUCGCAUGUGCCCAGCGUCAGCGUCAACAACAACAGCAGCGGCGGCGGUGGCAGUGGCGGCGCAGGGAGCAACAACGUCAACAGCCAUUCGAAAAGUAACUCGCACGUCCCGACCGGAAGUGGAGCUGGUGGUGGCCACGGUCACUCCUGAGCCAGUCGGCAGUGAUUUUGUUGAUGAUGUUGGUUUUUUUUCUUUUCUUUUUUUUUUUUACCUCCCCUUUUUCUUUCUUUAUUUUUUGUCGAUUGUAAUUCCCGACGCCACCGCAAGUUCAGCCUGGACGCGACCCGUAGGUCGGUCCCGUCCCGUCUCGUUUUGUUUGUUUGUUUUUUUCGACGGAAGAUUGGAGACAAAAAUUGCAGAUGGAGACACUAGGGAAACGGAACAUGAUGACAUCACGCGUGUGGAAGAACGUGAAUUUUUUGCUACCGCUGUUCAGUUUCCUCACUCCCUUUUCUAUUUUGCAAUCUUCUUUCAUCCACUUUUUUUUUUUUUCGUCCGUGUGUGUGUUGUCCCUCCGGUUUCUCUUUAGCCAACAUCACACUUAUCUCUCUCUCUCUCUCUCUCUCUCUCCUCGUCCCGAAAAAGAAAGAAAAAAAAAAGCAAAACAAACAAAAAAAGAAAUACUAUUGUGUGUGAGUGCGUGUGCGUGUGAGCAUUACGAUUUCUUCAUAUAUAUUCCUUCCUCUCCCAAAUUCUCCUCUCAUCCAAUCACUACGCUCUUAUUAUUAUUUUUUAAAUUAAAUAAUUAUCCCGAGUCCCUAUUUCUCCUUGUCUGUUGAUCAUAUUUCAUCGCUUUAUUAUUUGUUUUGUUUGUUUUUUUUUCCUCCCUCCCUCCCUUCCAAUCUUUAAUUGUCCCACUACUAUAUUAUUAUUUUGUGUGUUCGUGGGUGUCUUUGGGGUGGGACUUGCGCGCGUUUUUCGAAAUAUUUUUCAUAGUUUUUUUUUUUUUUUUUUUUUUUUUGGUUUUGAUUUAUUUUUUGUUUAAAAUUUUUUGUUUCGCGAUAAUGAUGAAUGCUUUUUUUUCCCCGCCAUCUUCCCCACAAUUUUUGCCUCUCGUCGGCUCUCUCUCUCUCUUAAUUUUGCUCCCACGAAACUGGAAAAAAAAAAAGAAAAGUCACUUGAUUAUUAUUACAAUUAAAAUCCAUGACAAAGCAAAAUAAUACCCAUUUGUUUUGUAAAAAAAAAAAAAAAAGAAAGAAAGAAACAAAACGCUUUUUUUUUUGUGAUUUAUGGAUAUCUGGGUUUUGUACGAAUUGCUGAUGGGGAAGAGGCAAAUUGCGGUGGAAUCGUCACAAAAAAAUGCGUCACGUUCUUUUUUCGGUGGAGGAAAGAAAGACCGGAAGAAAUAAAACGGCCCAGUCGAUUUGUUGCUGGACAACUAGUCACUGCAUAAUGCCACCCAAUGGGGAAAGGAGUAGAGAGAAAAGACUUUUAAAUAAUCGGGAAAUUUAUGUUUUUUAUUAAUUGGUCUUUUUUUCGAUUCACACCUAACAAAAAAAAAAAAAAUGUUGUGUUUUAUUAUUUUAUAUUUUUAAACAAUUUAAUUUUUUUUUGUUAAUCGUUUAAAUUCGGGAAAAUGGGCUUUUGUGUGUUUAUCUUCUUGCUUUUCGACUCCCACCCAAUCCAAACGUUUUUCUAUCGUUUAAAAUUACUACCACCAUUUUUUUUUAUUAUAUUUUAUUUAUUUUUUUUUUUUUUUUUUAGCUGUUGUCUUAGAUGCAUUAUUUUUCCAGCUUUAGUUUAACAUAGUUUAUAAAUGUGUGUGUUAUUAUUUUUUUUUUUUAUGGCUAAAGGCCCAGGGAACCUUUUUUUUUUUUUGUGUGUGUGCGUGUCGUUUUGAAACGACUCUUUUCCUUCGAGUCUCGUUUGGGUACAUUAUUUCUUUUUUAAGUAUUAUUGUCUAACCUUUUGCCGAGCCCUUUUUUGCCUUUAUAAUGCGUGUAUUUUUAUUGUAAUAUAUAAUAUUAGGAAUUAUUAUUCAUUACAUCGCCCCCCCCCCCUCCACACACACGGAGAAAUCGCAAGGCAAGAAAGAACUGGGGACAAAAAAAAAAAAGAACACGUGUACUCGUAUCAAAAGAAUUUAAAUUCUUUGAUCAAAUGUUUGUAACCCCUUGCUAGAAAAAAAAAUGAUUUACUUUGAACUUUGACACCGUAUUAUCUCCCUCUCUCUCUCUCUCGAAAAUCUUAAUUUUUGCCAUAAAAUUGAGGUGGAAUCAAACCAGUGUUUUAUAUAUUUACAUUUAUUCAUUUUUCAUUGAAGAAAAAAAGAAGAAAUUUUAAUCCCAGUCCAUUAAUGAAGAAAAAAAAAGAAAGAUUAGCAGGAAAUUAAAGAGAGCCGUCGGGAUGAUAUUUUGUUUGUCUCCUUCUCCUCCCAACCACUACCGCCACUACCCAGAUUGUGUCGAAUUUUUUGACCUUUUUAUUCUAUAUAUUUCACUUGAGCCAUUCUUAUUUUACUUUGGUCCUUUUUGUAAAAUUUUUCUCUGAUACAUAUUUAAGGAAAAAACCACAAAAAAAAACACA